AUCAACCCGUUGUUGCCAGUUCAGUUGCUGAAGGAAACCCAAUCCUAGCAGUUCCUACCCGCGACCAGUUGAAAGCUUUAGUGUUCUAUUUCAAGCGAAGAUUCACAACCAGAUUGACGACAGGAUGGCCAAAUUGAUGAUAAUGACGAUCUUCGCCGUGCUGGUGCUGGCCUCUGCUGAUCAUGGUGGUUCAAGCGGUGGAUAUGGUAAAAGCAGUUAUCAAAAAAAUAGUGGUGGUGGAGGUGGAGGCCAGGGCGGACACGGACAGCAAGGCUUUGGUCAGGGAGGACACGGUCAACAAGGAUACGGACAGGGUGGUGGCCAUGGGCAGCAAGGAUUCGGUCAGGGCGGCCAUGGACAGCAAGGAUACGGCCAGGGUGGUAGCCACGGACAAGGAGGUGGCCACGGACAGCAAGGAUUUGGCCAGGGCGGUGGCCACGGACAGCAAGGAUUCGGACAGGGAGGUCAUGGUCAGCAAGGAUUCGGACAAGGAGGACAUGGCCAGCAAGGUUUCGGUCAAGGAGGACAGGGUGGACAUGGCGGAGGGCACGGACACGAACACGGCCAUGGACAGGGAGGAUACAAAAAGCACGGAUACUAAAAAGCGGCGAGUUUUUAAACACAUGUUUCAAUAAAAUCAUUCGAUCGAUAUUGAACGUGAUUCCGAGAA